AUGAAGCAACGCACAUUUAAAGUACCAAGGCCUGUUUGUUUCUGUUUAGUUCUGUCAUUCACAAUGCUAUUGGUACCUGCUCUAUUGAUACCUUUUUGGGUCAAUAAGGUCAGAAUUAUUGAAGGCCGGAUUAAGGUGCAUGCAUCAGCCAAUGUAAAAGAUGUUGUUCUACAAAGCCAUUUUCACAAGAACAUUAAAUUUGGAUUCAUGUUAAUCAUCUUAAUGAUGGUUGCAUUGGCUGUUUCAAUAUUCACUUUUGUGAUACUAACAAUACGAUCUGGAAGAAGGGAAAUGUAUUUGUGUUCCGCACUUAUUAAGCAAAUGGAAGCAACUCAUCAAGCUGAAAGGACGAGUACGGACCAAAGCACUGCAUUUGGUGAUGCAAAUCAUGAUGUUAGAGGUUCUCUUGCUGGAAUCACUGGAUUAAUUUGGAUGUGUCGCGCUCAUGCUUCGCCUGGAUCCAAAUUGGUGGAGUAUUUGAAUCAUAUGGAAUCUCGCGUGGACAGUCUUUUAGCCUUAUUAAAUAAAAUUCUUGACGAAAGCAAGAUCAAAGAAGGAAAGAAGCAACUUGUGGAAGAAGAAUUCAAGAUGGAUGAGCUACUAGAAGAUAUUGUCUACCCCCUUUACACUAAUGGAGUGAUGAAGAAUGUCGACGUGAUACUAGAUCCAUGUGAUGGUUCUGUCGCAAGAUUCUCUCGUGUUAAAGGAGAUAAGAUACAAUUACAACGGAUCUUGAAUAACUUGUUACAAAAUGCAGAUAAGUUCACCUCAGAGGGGCACAUUACUCUUCGUGCUUGGGCUCGAAAACCUAGUUUUGAUCAAAGUUCCAAUCUUACUCCGAACACAAGUAAUACUAGUACUGGUUGUAUGUCAUGUUUACGUUUACAGAGCGAUGAAGCUUCUGUAGAACUGCGAGUCCUGAAUAAAGUUCAGCAAGAUCCCAAAUGUGUAGAGUUCAUAUUCGAGGUGGAUGAUACGGGGAAAGGAAUUCCUAAAGAGAAACAGAAAUCAGUUUUUGAGAAUUAUGUUCAAGUGAAUGAUCAAACAACUUCUGUUCAUGGAUCACAAGCAGGCACUGGCUUAGGUCUCGGGAUAACUCAGUCGCUGAAAUCUCCUUGGGUUCGGUUAAUGGGAGGUGAAAUAGGUAUUGGCGACAAGGGCAUUGGUGAAAAAGGCACUUGCUUUAGAUUCAACAUUUUCCUCAUAGCAUGUGAUCAACCUCAAGCUCAAGAUCAUGAAGCAAUUAGUGUUAAUUAUGCAAGAGAAGAUGAUUUGGAGUCCCAAUUAGGAGGAGGUUAUACAUCUAGUGACUCCUAUUAUAGUAUCACUAGCCAUCAAAAACCAGAAAAUUCCAAUGUCAUUCUUUUCAUUAAGGAGGAAGAAAGAUGUCGAGUUCUUCGUGGAUUCAUGAUGAAUAUAAUAGGCUUAAAGGUACAUGUCAUUAAUCGACGCGGGAAGUUUUCUCAAACUCUGGAGAAGUUAAAAAGGAAAAUAAUCAACUUUGCAUCAUACAACUCCUCAUCCUCAGGAAAAUCGAAGGAAAUUCCCCUAAGGGCUCUAGAUGGAACAGAUAUUGAUGAUAGGGGCAGAGGACUUAUAAGAUUCAUCUUGAUUAUAGUUGACACAAGUGUUGGACUAACUCGAGAAAUAAGCCGUGCUAUGGCUGAGUUCCGAAAGGACUUCCCUAAGAAUGUGUCCCUUCGAGUUGUUUGGCUCGAUAAACCAGGCGUAGACGAGGAUAAGCUACCUUCAACUGACAUAGUCAUCGCAAAACCACUACAUGGUUCUGAUUUAUAUCGUGCCCUCGAAUUUGUACCAGAGUUUAGAGAUAAAUUUUUACCACCAACCGUCACACAAGAAGAAAUGGAGGAUGAAACAACUUCAAGAAUGAAGAUACAACAGCCUCUGAUGAAUCCACCCUUAGAAGCGAAAAGACAGGAUGUUUCUGUUGAUGUUAACGGAAGUUCUAGUAAUAACUUACCUUUAACAGGAAAGAAAAUCUUGGUGGUUGAGGAUGAUAACAUGUUACUUAUGAUUUGCCUAGUCGUGGUUUCUAAGCUUGGUGCAACCACUUACACAUGCGGAAAUGGUGAAGAAGCUCUAGAUCUUGUUCGCAAAGGCCUUAGUGAUCAACGAGAUAUAGGGCCAUCCACUCCUUCACCACCAUUUGAUUAUAUUCUGAUGGAUUGUCAGAUGGCAGUGAUGGAUGGAUUUGAAGCAACCAAAUGCAUCAGGGAAGAAGAGGCACAUUAUGGAAUUCGAAUUCCCAUCAUAGCUUUAACAGCACAUACAAAGGAAGUGACAGACAAGAUUUUUCAAGCUGGAAUGGAUUAUUACAUAGAAAAACCGAUCAGUGAUGCUAAGCUUCUGAAAGCCAUAGAUUAUAUCGAGCAUAGAAACGUUUAA